AUGCCAGCACAGGUUGUCACCCCAGUGUAUGGCAAGGGCACCACGUUGGUGCCCCAGGAGACGACAGAGAUGAUGCAGGUGACUUCUUACAAGGACAAGGUAGUCACCCAGCAAAAGGUGGUGGAGACGCCUGUGGUGACAACGCAGAACGUCGUGGUGCAGACCCAGAAGGUCGUGAUGCGGGAUCAGGUGGUGCAGCAGCCGCAGACGACGUACCGAACGUCAGUCGUGUACGACACCCGGCCCGUCGCGCGGCCGGUGCUGACGACCCAGCUGCCGGGCCGCGAUGGCGCCGGCGGCGGGCGGCCGGGCAGUGUCGGGGUGGCGCUGGGCCUGGGAGCGGCGGCUCCGUCUCCCACGGUCGUCAACAAGCCCAGCUUCAACAUCGGAUUCGGAGGCAAGGGCAAGGGCAAAGGCAUCUCCGCGAACUUCCAGGACAACCCGCAGGCGCGUCGGGAGGAGGGGCGCGCCGCCGCCGGCCGCGGGGCGGGGGUUGUAAUGCAGCCCGUCGUGACGACAGCCGUCGAUUACGUCACCGUCCCGCGCACGAUCACCACGCCCGUGACCACCAUGGCGGCCGUCACCGUGCAGCGCCCCCAGAUCGUCACCGAGAACACCGUGGUGCAGCAGCCCACAGUGACGACCCAGAAGAGCAUCGUGCAGCAGCAGGUCACGGUCAAGGAGCCGGUGGUCGAGACUGUGCCCGUCAAGAAAGUGACGUACGUGCCCGUGAAGACCAACACGGUCACUUAUGUCAGCUCAGGCAAGGGCAAGGGCGGCUUCUUUGGCGGCUUUGCAGGCGCGGGCACGGUUGUCAGCGGCCCGACGGUGAUCGGGAUGGACAGCACGCCGCUGGUUUCAGGCAUUGGCAGCGGCGUGAUCGUAAGCGACAGCGGCGCGGGCUCGGGCAUCGCGUCCGGGACGGUCAUCGGGCCGGGCACGGUGAUAACGGGGCCGGACGGGAAGCCGAUCGACAUAUCGACGCUGAAGCCGGGGGACGUGCUGCCCCAGGGCUCCACCAUCACCAACGGCGGCACGGUCGUGAGCGGCGGCGGCGCGGCGGCGGGGACGGGCACGAGCACGGGCGCAGGCACCGCAGGCGCCGGCGCGGCGGCCGGGACAGGCGCAGGCGCGGCGGCGGCGGCGGCGCGAACCAGGGGUUUCCCGUGA